UCUAUUGGACAGUUGACCUGACUUCUUUUAAGAAGUGAGUUUUGUGACUUCUUCCUAGAAGCUCCCAAAAUAGUUACCUUAUACACAAGAAACAUCAAUUAAAGCUUUGUCCCAAGUUUCCUUGUUCUCCACUCCUUAUAAAACCAAAACAGUUACCUUAUACACAAAAUUCAUGUUUGGAUAAAAAGUCACAAGAAAAUUGAAGUUUCAAAAUUUGCAACCAUGUUGUUCUUAUGCUUGAAAGGUAUGUCAAAAAAAUCAUUCAUUUCAAUUAUUGUCCUUAUUUUUUCCUCUGUUAUUGUGCUAUCUACACCCCCAGAAGAUCCAAUCAAAUGUUCAUCAUCACAAAACACAACUUGCACAAUCACAAAUUCCUAUGGAAUGUUCCCUGAUAGAACAAUAUGUCAAGCUUCUCAAGCUCUCUAUCCAACUUCUGAACAAGAAUUAAUUUCAAUGGUUGCAUUUGCAAGUAAAAUAAAAACCAAAAUCAAAGUUACUACACGUUACUCACAUAGCAUACCAAAAUUGGUAUGUCUUGAUGAUUCAAAAGGGUUAUUAAUAAGCACAAAAUAUCUUAACAAGGUAGUGAAAAUUGAUGUGGAUGAAAAAACAAUAACUAUUGAAAGUGGUGUUACAUUAAAGGAAUUAAUCAAUGAAGCUUCAAAAAAUGGUUUGGUUUUACCAUAUACACCCUAUUGGUAUGGUUUAACAAUUGGUGGAUUAAUGGGAACUGGUGCACAUGGAAGCACAUUGUGGAAUAAGGGAAGUGCUGUUCAUGAUUAUGUGGUUGAGAUUAGGAUUGUUAGGCCUUCAAAUUCUGAAGAUGGUUAUGCUAAAGUUGAGAUUCUUAAUGAACAAAAUAAUGAAGAUUUUAAUGCUGCUAAAGUUUCACUUGGUGUUCUUGGUGUUAUUUCACAGGUAACCCUAAAACUAGAACCAGUUUUCAAGCGAUCAAUCACUUAUUUAGCGAAAAGUGAUUCUGAUUUGGGAGAACAAGUGCUUAAUUUUGGUCAUGAACAUGAAUUUGCGGAUAUAACGUGGUACCCAAGUCAAAGAAAGGCUAUAUAUCGUGUUGAUGAUCGUGUUCCCAUAAGUACAUCUGGCAAUGGUCUCUAUGAAUUUAUCCCUUUUCGUCCCACUUCUUCACUUGCACUUGCUGUCAUAAGAACCACAGAGGAUCUUGAUGAAUCCACUAGGGAUGCUGAUGCAAAGUGCGGACUUGCAAAAUUAACAACAAAUACUCUCAUAGCUUCAGCUUAUGGACUUACAAACAAUGGUAUAAUCUUUACUGGAUACCCUGUAAUUGGAUUCCACAAUCGUCUUCAAUCAUCUGGAUCAUGCUUAGAUAGUCUUCAAGAUUUAAAGAUAACAGCAUGUGCUUGGGACUCAAGAAUAAAAGGAGAGUUUUUUCAUCAAACAACAUUUAGAGUUAGUUUAUCUAUGGUGAAAAACUUUAUUGAAGAUAUACAAAAGCUAGUUCAAUUAGAGCCAAAAGCAUUAUGUGGAAUUGAACAAUACAACGGAAUUCUAAUGCGUUAUGUCACGGCUUCGAGUGCUUACUUAGGGAACCAAGACGAAGCAUUAGACUUCGAUUUCACAUAUUACCGUAGCAAAGAUCCAAUGACUCCUAGGCUUUAUGAAGACAUUAUUGAAGAGAUUGAACAAAUAGGGAUUUUUAAAUAUGGAGGGUUACCUCAUUGGGGUAAGAAUAGGAAUUUGGCUUUUGAAGGUGUUUUUAAGAAGUAUAAAAAUGUUGGGAAAUUUUUGAAGGUUAAAGAGAAAUAUGAUUCACAAGGGCUAUUUUCUAGUACUUGGACGGAUCAAAUGCUUGGAUUAAAAGAUGGUGUGACAAUAUUGAAAAAUGGGUGUGCUUUAGAAGGUUUGUGUAUUUGUUCACAAGAUAGUCAUUGUAAUCCAAGUAAAGGGUACUUUUGUAAACCAGGAAAAGUUUACAAGGAAGCAAGGGUUUGUUCUCAUGUGUGAUGUGUGUGAUUCCAUGGGGGUGCCAAGAUUUAAAAUAUGUGGUCAUUUUAUAAGGUUAUGUAUUGAUGAUAACUUAAUUAAAAAAAAGAAUAAAUAUGUAUGCGGAAUAAUUUACUAUAUGUGUGAUUAUUUAUACAUCAUCAAUCAUAAUCAUGUUUUAACUUAUUCAACA